ACCACCUCUGCACCAUUGUUGUAGUUUUGGUCUUAUUAGUUUCUGCUCAGCAUGGCUAUCGAGGAGGGCUGGCACACAACUGACGACGGGCGCAAGCUCUACACGAAAACUUGGACCACGGAAGGGCCGGCUCGCGCGCGACUUGUCUUCAUCCAUGGCUUCUCAGACCACAUCAACACCUACGGCAACUUCUUUCCGCACCUCGCCGCCAAAGGUAUUGAGGUCUACGGUUUCGACCAGAGAGGAUGGGGCAGGUCGGUGACAAAGAAGGCGGAGCGCGGCCAUACAGGACCAACUGCCAGAGUACUUGAUGACAUUACGUCGUUUCUCAAGUCGGUGAUACCAAGCCCGGUGCCACUUUUCUUGAUGGGCCAUAGUAUGGGCGGUGGAGAGGUUUUGUGCUAUGCUGCGCAGGGCCCACGUGAGGUUCGCCAGCACAUCAGGGGGUACCUGCUGGAGUCGCCUUUUGUGGACUUCGAUGCCAAGUCGAAGCCCUCGUCGUUGACCGUGUUCUUCGGAAGACUUGCUGGGCGACUGCUGCCGCACAGGCAGCUCGUCAACAAGCUUGACAUCAACCUCCUCUCGCGCGACCCCGACGCGUGCAAGCGUUGCGGAGACGACGAGCUCUGUCACGACACAGGCACGCUUGAAGGGCUGGCCGGGAUGCUCGACCGGACUGGCGAUUUGGCAGCCGGGAGAGUCAUUAUCCCAGACGACGCCGGAGAGGGCGGCGUGACCCGGAUUUGGAUUGCCCAUGGCGAUAAGGACGGCAUCACGGCGUUCCCAGCGUCCAAACGGCUUGCCGACGCACUGCAGGUCAAGGACAAGGAGUUCAGGGCGUACGACGGAUACUACCACCGCUUGCACGACGAGCCCAGUCCUGAUAAAGAGGUUUUCAUGGACGACGUCGCGACUUGGAUACUCGCACGCUCUCAGGCCGAGGGCGCAAAGCCGAAGCUGUAGGCGUGAUGGUAGGUUUGUGAUUUUGGUAGCAACACCGACUAGGGUAGUAUUGGUAAUGGCACAGGCCCUACUGGGCGUCGUAAUGCAUGCAGUCAACUUACGCGCGUUCCCGUGAUGUUUUCUGGCUAGUGAAACACGCAGGAGUUUUGCAGUGGUGAUGGCUGCAGGUGACGACGCGGCGCGAGGCCGGC